CCUCAGUGUUUUGUACGGUGUCGGAGCAGCAGGACCGGGCCGGUGUCGGUGCUUCAGGAUGGAGGCGGAUCUGCUGGAGCUCCGGCUGGAGAACCGGAGAAGGAACGUGUUCGUGACGCAGCCGCAGCCGGAGGAGAGCAGAGAGCGAGAGAGUGAUGGCGAGCCACAGCUCAAGCUCAUCCCCAUCAUCACACAGUCUCCCAGUGGGAUCCUGGAGUCUGGAGUGAGGACUCUGCAGUGCACACUGGUGUUGAAGAAGAGGGAGGAGCUGGACAACAUCAACACACACCUGACACACACACGCGCGCAGAUACAGCAGCGCAUGAGGAGCCUGACGGAGAGACGAGAGCUGCUGCAGCGCGCACAGGAGGAGAGCAGACAGAGAGCAGAGCGCUUCCAGAGGUUUGUGGAGGAGAACGAGCUGAAGCGCAGGAGAGCCAUGAAGAAGCUCCAGAUGGAGAAACAGCAGAGCCAGAGCAAGGAGGAGGAGAGAGGAGAGCUGGCCAAUCAGAUGGAGAGACUGCAGGACAGGCGGAUGCGUCUGAAGCAGCGGGUCAGCAGAUACAAGAUCUUCGAGGAGUUCCUGAUGAAGACGCUGGAGUUACUUCCAGACAACUAUCUAGGGUUGGGGACAGACCUGGUGGCGCCCAUCAUCAGACGCUACGAGACGCUCAGCAUCAGCCGACAGGAUCUCCUGCAGCAGUUACAGCGGCUGACGGACCAGAUGAAGACCGACCACAACCAGCUGGACACACUCAAGCAGCAGCACAACACCUACAAACUGACAACGAACCAGGAUCUGUCGGACCUGCAGACACAGCUGGAUCAGAUGACGGAGAGGAACAAACAGCAGGAGAUGAGUCUUCAGCUGCAGCAGGCCCAGUCCAGAGACCAGGUGGAGGAGCUGGGCCGGGUCCUGCUGGCGGUCCGGAAUCUGGCAGAACAGUGUCAGCUCAGCCACUACGGCCCACUGCAGGACAUGAACACCAGCACCAUGAUGGACAUGAUAAAGGAGUUUAUGGUGGAUAAAGCAGAUCUGGAGCACAGAGCCAUGAGACUCGCAGCCGGCAGCAGAAGCAAAGAGCAGAAGAAAACACAGAAGAAGAAGAAGAGCAGCAGGACACAGAAGAGCACGCAGCAGUAGACCAGCGUGUGUGUGUGUGUGUGUGUGUGUGCUGGAGGAGUUCUGCCUUAUUCACACUGCAGAUCUGGAUUUCAGUUCAGAUUUUUAUUCUAGACUUGAUGAUGUCCUGCAUUAAUGAAACACAGCGAGGAGAGGAGAGGAGAAGAGAAGAGAAGAGCGGAGCGGCCGGAGACUGAAAUAUUCUGUAUCUCAUCUGUUCACAUCAUUUAAUAAAAGCACACGACCUCUCUCAA